GUGUACAACUGAGAGUCUGUGUCAUCGGAAAGAGCUGUUCGAGAGACUCGACUCGUUCACGAACGUCACAUCGAGCACACCCGGAAGGCGUGACACUGACGUCUUGUAUAAAUACUGAUCUCUGACACAAGCUUUACUACACAUCUUUACGCCUACGAUUUUAAAGACUUGUUGGAGGGACAUGAUGGAGUGCUGCUGUGGACUCUUAACCGCCCAGAAACAACCAGUUCCUCUAAAGGGCAUUGAAGUAGAACUGGAGGUGAAGGACCACGUGGCCACAGUGGUGUCCACUCUGCACUAUGAGAACAAGGAGGACAAAGCCAUAGAGGCUGUUUUUGUCUUCCCUCUGCCCGGAGAUGCUGCUGUCUGCCAUUUCAGCGCUAAGGUUGGACAGACUGAGAUCGUAGCUGAGGUGAAGGAGAAACAGGAGGCUCGUGAGGAGUACGACGACGCAUUGAGCUCCGGGCAGCAGGCCUUCCUGCUGGAGGAGAGCGAUCAGAGCCCAGAUAUCUUCUCUCUCAGUGUGGGCAGUCUUCCUCCAGGAGAGAGCGCCUCCAUCAGGCUUGAAUAUGUCAUUGAGCUCGCCGUGCAGGCGGAUGAUGCGCUGAGGUUUUGUUUGCCUGCAGUGCUCAACCCUCGCUACCAGCCUCAGGGGAGCGAAGGUGGCGCCGUCCAGGUGACCGCUGUCCCCGCCUCUCAGGUGCCCUACAGUCUGUCCUUCUCUGCCCGGGUGUCCUCUCCUCGUCAGGUCUCCAGAGUGGACUCCAACUGUUCCCUGGAGCCUCUGCAGUACCUCAACGCAGAGCAAAGCCAGGCUGCUGUUAAACUGGCUGAAGGACACAAGUUUGACAGGGAUGUUGAGCUGCUGAUUUACUACAAAGACGCCCACCGGCCAGCUGCUGUGGUGGAGGCAGGACAGGCGUCUGCCAAGCCUGGCACACUGAUGGGGGAUGCGGUGGUGAUGCUGAGCGUGUACCCUGAGUUCCCCCAGGCUGUGAUGUCUUCACUGGCAUCUAGUGGAGAGUUUGUGUUCGUACUGGAUCGAUCUGGAAGUAUGGAUUGUCCUAUCAACGACAUUGUACACGAUGAGACUCGCAUCAGCAGUGCCAGGGAUACCCUUCUGCUGCUUCUGAAGAGCUUACCAAUGGGCUGCUACUUCAACAUCUACAGUUUCGGAUCCUCCUUUGAACAUAUCUUCCCUAAGAGUGUGGAAUACAAUGAGAAGACCAUGGAAGAGGCUCUGAAGAAAGUCAAGGAGUUACAGGCUGACCUGGGAGGAACAGAGAUCCUUCAGCCGCUCAAACAUAUUUACAGCCAAGCCUGCAUUGCCAAUCACCCAAGACAACUUUUUGUCUUCACUGACGGCGAGGUGGGGAACACCAAAGAGGUUACGAGCCUGGUGAAGAAGAAUUCCUCCUCCCACAGGUGUUUCUCUUUUGGGAUUGGGGAAGGGGCCAGCACUGCUCUCAUCAAUGGAUUGGCUAAGGAGGGAGGAGGUCACGCUCAGUUCAUCACAGGAGCUGACAGGAUGCAACCAAAAGUGAUGCAAUCACUACGGUUUGCUUUGCAACCAGCAGUGGAGGACAUCUCGGUCACAUGGGAUCUGCCAAAGGGAGUGUCCGUCACUCUCCUGUCUCCACCUCUCACAGCUAUUUUCCAGGGUCAAAGAUCACUCAUUUAUGCUCAGCUCACUGGACAGAGUUCAGAGGCUAAAGACGGUUGUGUCAAUGUCAAGUACAUGCUGGCCGGCCAUCCAACCCAGAAUCAGAUUGCCUUCACACUCCAACCCACAGACCAAACUGGAUUAAUGAUUCACAGGCUGGGUGCUCGGAUCGUCAUUCGCUCGAUGGAGAUGGAGGAGGACAAUGACGCUGUCGUGCUUUUUGGUGAAACAGGAGACAAAAAAGAGGAACAAGGUGGAGUGAAGCAGAAAGUGGUGGAGUUGAGUGUCCAGUCAGGAGUGAGCAGUAGCCACACUGCCUUUGUUGCUGUCCACAAGUCAGAAAGCAAUGCUGCUCAAGGACCUUUACUGCGUCGAAAUAUCCCAGUUCCCUCUUUUCGGCAUCGAAUGCCAAUGCCAAUGAUGAUGUGCAGGAUGGCAUCACCUCAACCCUUUGCAUGUUCUAAUAGCGGUUACUUGGACUGCAUGGUAAUGAAAGGCUGUUGUGAUGAUGACUUGCUGUGUGACGACUCUGGGGAGGAUGUGCCGCCACCUCCUCCUCCGCCCCCUCGCAGGGAGCUCUGGCUGGAGUUGGUGUCCCUCCAAAAGGCAUCUGGCUGCUGGACGCUUGAGAAGGCUCUGGCUGCUGCACUGGGGAAGACCAGUGAGGAGGUGGAGAAGUCGAAACCUGCGGCGGUGAGCAAGGACGUGUGGGCCACCAUCCUGGCUCUCGUCUGGUUCCACGGGUUCAAGUCGGACAUGCAGGAUGAGUGGCAGCUUCUAGCAAUGAAGGCUGUGUCUUGGCUCCGUGCUCAGAAGGCGGCAUGUGUGAUGGAGUGCGUGGAAGCUGGUAAUGCCUUGUUGGGUUGUGAGGUGCAGAAAGACAUGCUGGGGAUUUGAGACAUUUCAUUCAAGACGCCAUCCUACUUUGAUCUGUUUUUACCAUCAUUGUGCCUUAUCAUAUUUGCAGUAGUUUCAUCCUUUGAUGAUCAAACUGACGUUGCACGUUGUGACAUGUCAUAAUACUGCAGUAAAAUAAAAGCAUAUCAGCAUGGUGUUUGCGGUAACAUAUAAACAUACUGUACCUCAUAUUCACCAAUUGUAUUUCACAGUAUGAAUGCAAAAUAGCUAUAUAAAAUAAACACUUCU